UACGUCAGAAUCAGAUCGCCACUGGAGCAGAGCAGUGUAGCCGACUCCCAGCCCCAGCGAUCCAAAUUGAAGCUCUCACAAUCGAAUUCCUUCCUGAUUGGAUCCAAUCUCAAACCCUAGAUUUCCAGCGAUCGGAGAACAGAACCCCUGCAAUUUGGAGUAAGCACACAGAUACGAGUGAGUGUAGCCAUUGUUGGAAACCAAUGUCGUUUCUCCAUCAACGGCCGAUCCAAAACAUUCCCUCAGGCUCUCUCCCGAAUUCCCCUCGCACUCCCACCAAUUACCAGAAAGCCACCACCAUCAUCUUCACCCGCACCGGCUUCCUGGCCCUCCUCUCCCUGCUCGUCCUUUUGGGCGUCUUCGCGCCGUGGAUCCCCCAGCCUCAGGGCCUCUUCACCGGCUCCCGCUCCGCCGUCUCGCGGUGGCGGGACUACAGCCUGGCGGAGGCCGCAGCCUUUGCGGCCAAGAACGGGACAGUCAUAAUGUGCGCCGUGAGCGAACCCUACUUGCCGUUUCUGAAUAAUUGGCUGAUCAGCGUUGCGCGGCAAAGGCAUCAGGAGAAGGUGCUUGUGAUCGCCGAGGACUACGCCACGCUUUACAAGGUCAAUGAGCGGUGGCCUGGCCACGCCGUCCUCGUCCCGCCGGCGCCUGAAGCUCAGGUUGCCCACAAAUUUGGAUCUCAGGGAUUCUUCAAUUUUACAUCUAGAAGGCCACGCCACCUCCUGCAAAUAUUAGAACUUGGAUAUAAUGUUAUGUACAACGAUGUUGACAUGGUCUGGUUAGCAGACCCAUUUCCUUAUUUGCAAGGGAAGCAUGAUGUCUACUUCACUGAUGAUAUGGCUGCAGUGAAACCUUUGAACCAUUCACACAAUUUGCCGCCUCCAGGGAAAAAGGGUCGGACUUACAUAUGCAGUUGCAUGAUUUACUUGCGCCCAACCAAUGGUGCAAAACUAGUUAUGAAGAAAUGGAUUGAAGAGCUCCAAGCUCAGCCAUGGUCUAAAGCUAAAAAGUCAAAUGAUCAGCCUGCUUUUAACUGGGCACUAAACAAAACGGCAGGACAGAUGUCUUCUUUAAACUUUCUAGGUCGAGAAAGUGGUUGAGGAAUGAGGAGCUAAAGUGCAUUUGACUGAAAUUGCAGGGAGUACCUUUUCAGUUCCAAAAGUGGUGGCAUGGAUUUUCUUUUUUCUUCUCGGCUUGUUAAUGUCAAAAAAAGAAUAAAGAAGAGGAUUUUUUGUUUUAUUUAUGUGUUGCUAAAUAGGACUUAGUUAUGGUGCUUUACUGCACUUCAAUUCCAAGUGUAUCUUUUCCAUGAUAGCAGAAAUUUUUAGAAUGAGCUAUAGUCUGGUGCUUUGCUUUCUAUACAUGUUUCCUAUUCAAUAUAUAUAUACAUACAUAUAUAUAUUGAAGUUUCCUAUUUACGUUUAGUUCUUGCUGCAAAAUUCAUCCUAUGCUUGUCUGUAACUCUUUUUCUUGUCACAUAUUGUUCCAUGCAUGGGUGGCAAUAUGUUCUUAAUUGAACUGGCAUCAAAUCCUCCUGAUAAGCUUUCAAAAGCAUACCUUAGGAUUCAAUAACCAUAUUGAUGAAUCAGAAAAUAAAGCAGGCUUUUCUGAUGUUUGGUUUUAUUGAAUUUGUGUAGCAAUAGGAUUAUAUUAUCUUUCAAAAGUAGUUGCUCAUAUAUUUGUUGUUCAUUGUUG